AUUGUAAAUCCAGGUAUCUCUGGCUAUGAUGACACAGAAACAGAUGAAUUUCCUGCUUCAUCAUUUGAAGAACAGUUUAAAGACUUGACCUCUCUCAUCUCCUUCUUUGAGGAGUGCUCAAUGGAAACAUGGAAGUUUAUUGACAACAUGAAAGAGAAUUUCUCUGAAAGCUUGAAAACAGAUCUUUUGACUGACAAAGAAAGGCAGAGUCUGCAAUCAUAUGCAUCCAAGAAAUCUACUCUUUUGGUUGUUGGCCAAACAAAUAGUGGAAAGAGCUCCUUUGUAAAUGAACUUCUUGGUGGGUCAUUCAUGCCAACUUCUGAAGUACCAUGCACAUCUCGCAUUGUCCGUCUUAAAUAUAGUGAGAAAAACUAUAUCCAGGUUUGUGAUGCACCUUUUUAUUUGAAGAGAGGCUGAUAAUUUGAUCAAAUACCAGCAGUUUCUUUUUUUGAGGGGGGAAGGAAUUGUAGACCAUUUCUGGCUUCCCCCCUUAGCUUCUCAGGAGUGGCUUUAUUUCAUAGCUCAGUUGGGUCAUUCUUUAGAAUCCAGAAAUGUAUUUUUUGUCAUGAAUAGACCCAAACAUCAUAAUUUAGGGUAUAAAUAUUUAAUGUUUCUUGAACAUUCUUCUUUGGCGCCAGUUUUGACCUGAAUAUUGUGGGAAAAGAUCCAACUUGUGCCAUGAACUCCUUCUAGUAAUGACUACAUUGGACAAAUACAUUGCAAUAAACAUUUUUAUUACCUCUCCCCUUUUUUUCUCUGAAAUAAUAGUACUGAAAAUUUUACCAUUCAUAUUAAGGUAUUGGAUAAAUCCAAACCUAAUGAAGGAGAGAAGACUUUCUUUGAUAAAAAGAAGGUACCGAAAGAGGAAAUAGAGUUGGAUGACAGCCAGAGAGGAGAUCAAUCCUGGGUCAAUGCUAUAGUGGAAGUGGGUCUAAACAAUUCUCUCCUCCAAAAUGGACACCUGGAAGUUAUUGAUGCACCUGGGAUGAGCGAAAAUGAAGCUCUGGACAAGAUUGUUGAGGAAUGUAUCCACGGCAUUCUUCAAGUCAUUAUCUACGUCAUAGAUGGGAACUCCUCUCUAAGGUUGCAGGUCAGUUAUAGUCUUACGUUCAUGUGGGUUUUGAAGGUGGAAUUAUUAGUACUAUUUCACAGUCUUGGCUACACUUCAAUCCCAUUCUCAUGUCGUUGCUUGUGAUUCCCACUACUAGUGACCCAAAUCCCAUUUUCCUGGUGAAGGAUGGUGUAACGAACGCACCGAUAAAUUCUCUAAACUAUUAUUGCACAACCAGUAUAGAAAUGAGUUAAAUAACAAUAAUUUACAAUGGUGGAAAACAAGGUAAAUGAAGAUUAAACGAAGGAAGGGCUGCAAGAACAUACCUAACGGUUAGUAUGCUAGUACGAAACGACACUCAAGGAAAAUUCUGAGUACAAAUGAAUUGGCGCGAAAACGAUUUAAAUAUGGUGAUAUCGCGCAGAGGUUGGGGACCAGCAAAGCGCUGAACGACGUUGUAACAGAAGACAAAUCCCAUGCACCGUUUUACGUCUACUUGCCCUUUGUAUAACUGUCAUUGUCAUUGGCACCAUUUCCUUUAAGGGCUUUUGCAUUAUAGGACUGAGCACAAAUUUGGGAAGGUGUGCUACUUGCACAACACAAAUUAUCUGAAAUCAAAGGUUAGUUUUGUAUAGGCUUGGGGUGGGGAGGUUUGACUACAAAAUGUUGGUGAUCUUCAUCUCUGCUACUUGCUCAGCUUAAUAGAGCAAGCGAAUCGGUCCAUUUUUCCCGUUGGUAUAGCUAUCCAUAUGGGUAGAUGAGUGGAUGACUUAAUUUUCAGAAAGCCAUUCUAGACUGCGCCCAAAAAAAAAUUAAUAGUUACAAAAUUGACUGCAACUCUUUUUACGGGGUGUUGUUUUUAUGAAUCCAUCUAAACAGUUUUCGCGUUUGAAUCACAGGAAAGAGGUUUUCUUCUAAACCUGAAGGAGAAAGUUGGUAACUUGCCCAUUUUCUACCUGUGCAACAAGGUUGAUAAGGAUAUGACAGCCCUGGAGUUUGACAAGGACUCUGACUCAGAAGAAGAUAAAGACCCACCUAAUGAGGAAGAAAAAGAGCUGCUCGCUUAUCGGGCUCUCUCUCAAUGCUACAUGGUGCCUGGCGACAUAGAACCUACACAAUGUCCUUUCUUUCACGGUUUGUCGACCAAGGAGGUCAGAAACGCUCGACUGAAAAAGUCUUCAAACCAGUAUACUAAGCAGUUUGAUGACCUCAAGUUUAAGUUGCUGAAAUUCGUUGCCGAUGGAGUGACCAGCCAUCUACGAUCUGCAGCAGAAUUGCUCUGUCAGAUUCAAAAGAGAGUGUUUGAUUUCUUCUUGAAUUGUGAUUUCAACCAAGAUACAAUUCAUGCUCAAGAUGAGUUAUUUAAUAAGCUAGAACUUAAAGAGCGCGAUUACGUGGUAAAAAUGCGAGGCUAUGUCCAGGAGAAUCUCUAUAAGCUUUCCAAGCUUGUCGAAGAUGGUGUCAAGAACAACAGAGCUGAGAUCCUAGCUGACGCUGCCCGAAUGCAGUUUAAUUCAAUCAAAAUUGGAGAUGUUGUCGGGCGAAAUGAAGUGGUAGAACAGUGCCGCAGACAGAUCAAGGACCUGGUGUUGUACAAGGCUACGAACAUAUCGCUGAUAAGAAUUCAACACACUAUCUCCGCUAUCACCAACGAUCUACGCGAAUCUCUCGAAGGCUCGCUCUGUGAGGUCGGCAGAAAGGAUGACCACUUAGCUACGGUUGUAAGAAAGCAACUGCAGUACAGUUUCCUACAACAUUUUCAGACGCGAGACGUUUGUCCUCAUUUUGAUUAUGCUUUGAUGAAAAGUGGAGUGCGGCUUAUGGACAACGCGAAGAAGGCUGUCAUUGAUGUGUGGUCUGCCAUUCUAGGGAGGGGGACGUAUCUUAACGCGGAAUGGAAGCAAAGUAUCGCCGAAAAUGUGCUUGACAACAUCGAUUGCGAUGCCAUCGCACGCAGAGUUUGUCAAAGGAUGCUAGAGGAUCUGGAAAACGGGCACCAAUUGUUCCAAUUUAACCUGGCUUACAUGAAACAAUUUUGUCGUGCAGCCCUAGAACUGUCUGACGUUCAGAAAAAAUUCGCCGCAGAACAAUCCCCAUAUUUUUCCAGACUGAUGAGUGAGGCCUGUGCUCUUUCCCAGACGCUAGCUCUCGAUAUUCCUUUGAGAGCAGUAGUUGGAGCGCAAAUAGGAAGGAAGGGCAACCGAGGCAAGGUUUUCGAGGACAAAACCGACAAGGAACGAGUUGUGAAACAGCUCGCUGUUACAGUUCACCCCAGUGAAAUGCGAGAUGAACAUUUGCUAGGCAUUACAAGAACCCUAGGAAGGUCAGAUUAUCAGAUGGUUUUUGGUCACAACCCCGGCUUAUAUUAUGAGAAGUAUUAUUUCUAAAUUUUACCCAAUGUGUCUCUCACAAGUAGCCACCAUUAUUGUAUGACUAGUAGACAUUUUAUGUAAAAGCAAUUUUGCAUUUGACUGCAAGAAGUCGCUUUUGAAAUGGGAAAGGAAAGAUUCUCAAUUUUACCAUGAACUGUUCAAGAGAGAGAACCUACUUGCUUCGCCUCCCACGUUUCUUAGAAGCAAAAUUGAAUUUUUAACUUAUAUAUCGAUGAUUUUGCUCUUCUACUUUUUUAGAAGGAGGGGGGAGCGAGGAUUGUUGGGGGAGCACAUGGUUUUCAGGGUGGGUCAGGGUGGUUCAGUCGUCGACAAUAAGGUAUAAAUGGGGGUACCAUGGAAAAUUGACCCACAAUUAACUGCCAUUAAGGGGUGAGGGGAAUCUUAGGAAUAUCACAGAGCAUUAUGGUGCAUUUUAUCAAGACACGAGAAAUAUCCUUAUUAAAACUGUAUCUUUUUUAUUUUUAAUGCCCGCAGGAUACAAGAUGAUAUUUCCACAAUCCUACGACCUAUUUCGUUGAGAUUGGACGGAAGUAAUAGGAUCUCUGUUCUGUUUCCAAGAAUGGCCACAGACUUGUUCGAAAGACUUCAGAGUGAUCCAAUCCUUUUGCCUCAAGGUCUGAGAAUAACACAGCAAAUGGCUGAUGCUGUGGAGAACUGCUGGGAUAGACGCAUUUACCAUGUUGAUCUCAGGAUCACAAACAUAUUGGUAACUACGCUUCUGAAUUACAUUACGAUAUUAAAUCUCUGAUGUUAACUUCUCUGUUUCACUGACGAGAGUAUACUGGCCGAUUAGGUGUCUCAGGAUUUUUUUCUUAAGGCCAUAAUUAAGUUAUGGGGCUUGGCGUUCGGCCCGUUAUAGAAAAAUGAGGACAAAUUAAUCUUAUGACUGAUUUUUUUAAUGAAAGGAGUUAUAGAUCUUUAGGCAAAAUAGCUUGGCUUAUCAUAGCAGCAGCAAAGGCCAGUGCCCCCCACCCCUCUCGAUGAAUGGUGCAUAUCGCAAUCAGGGGACCUUUUUUAUUUUAUUCCCUGCUCACUUCACUCGUAUACAGACAAUGAAUAUGAAAGAGUCUCAAGCAAAUGACAAGUAGUGGAAUAGGCUCUGCUUGGAGCCAUUUUCAUUUUUUUUUUUUUCUUUCUCCUCAUUUUUUCUUUUAAAAAACAGGUUGACUGCUACGGGAAUGCAAAGCUGAACGUUUCUAAGCCAAGGGAUGACACGAUUCCGUAUCCUGACAACCAGGCGCCUUUCCAUGUUCCUGCUCAGAAUCCCUUUGCAAGGGCAUCUGAUCCUGAUUCGUGGAACACUCUGCAGGACCAUUGUGUCUACAGUCUUGCAGUCUUGCUUUUGCUGUUUGUGGGGGAGAAGUACUGCAGACCACCCUAUGCCCAGACGGUAAAAGUGGAUGAGGUGUAUGCUGCCGUAGCCCGAGGAGAAGAUUGUGCGUACGUCUUCGGAAUGAACGAUCCAGAGGGUCGGUCUUCUUGCGAAAGGCAAAAGGCUCGCGAAAUUGUCCUUUCCAUUUUUGACUUUCAGCAGAAGCAUAACGAGUGUCUGCUCUCAAAGAUGGAUUUCUUUAAAUCGAAGGUCACUGAGGUGGUUUCUAGUUACGAAACCACCCACCAAUUUGAAACUGCACUCUGA